AUGGAUUGGGGUGUACCUACUUUGGACCCGAAGAGAAACAAACAGUCGGAUUAUUUCAAAUCUCUCUAUGGGGCCGAAGAUAACACACUUGAGAUUGAUGAUAAUAGCAGAGCUACACCACCAUUGAGUAAUUUCUUUAUUAAUAAAGGACAGUUAGACGAUAUACCUUCUUUGUUCAAUCCAAUAAGAACAUCUUCUGCAUCAACUAGUCCCAAUUCCAGGCGUAGUUCUAGGUUUUUCUCCAACUCUUCCUCUACAUCUCCGAAGAUGCACAACAUAAAGGAAUCGCCCCCUAAAAGAUUCACAAAGGCAAGGUUGAACAAUGUUGAAAAUAGGGAUUAUUUAAUAGAGUCUCCCACUUCCAUCUAUAGGUCUUUACCGCCAAUUCCCUCGCCUACUGAACGUGCAAUCACCAGAGGAAUGGAAGAAAUGUCAAUUCUGGAUUCUCCAACUACACCACAGUCCACCACAGCGUCCUUCUUCAAAAUGCCCAUGAUAUCACCAUCAAGCUCGGAUCCACAGAUUAAGAAGAAGAAGUCUUAUUCUGCAGACUCUCCAACUUCUUUGAACAAACGAUCCAGUACCAUCUUUUCCAUGGAUUUUGAUGAAAUGCCGCUAGACAUGCAAAUCAUCUGUGAUGCAAGAACCAGUGGAUAUGUACAUGAUAUGGACGUCUUUGUCAACCAAAGUUAUGGAGAAUUUUGGGAAUUGUCUAUGGAUGAGGGGAAAUGCUACAAACAGUGGAGUAAAUCCCAAUUUGAGACUCAGUCGCUGUUGUUUGAAAUUUUGAUGAACCUGAAGAAGAUAAAAUUCAAUUUACAUAGGCUCAUCUUUAUAUAUGGGCGGAACUUGAAAGAUGAUGGUGUAAUAUCAAUCGAAGAGUACGAGAAAACAUUUGGAGUCUUAACUGAAUUUUAUUAUUUUUUGGAGACAUUGCUUAAAAAGAAGUUAAAACCAUUAUUUGAUAACACCUUUUUUGUUGAUGAUCAUAGAGUACUUAAACACUUAGCAAAUUGGUUCAAUCAGUUGAAUGAUCAGUACCUAUACAUUUCUAAAUCUGUUGUGUUUUUAUCCAAAUUAGCUACAAAUGAGGAUGUUAGAAACCUAAUAUUGGGGAUAUCAAAGCAAGAUAUACAGAGUGUUACCAACAGGUCAGCUGUUUCUCCUUUAGAUUUGUUUAGCUCGUACUUUAUCAAGUUAUUUACAUCCAUAGAGAUGUUAUUUGAUAGGUUGAAAUCGGUAUACAAAGAAUCAAAAAACAUAAAUAACUUUGAUCUAACUUUCAAAUUGAAAGAUACACUGAAAAAAAUUAAUAGUAUUAGUGACUCAACAUCUGAUUUUCAGAAAAAAAUCAACUUCAAUGAGAAAUUGACUUUUAUGAACCAGGUCGAUUAUUCCCAUUUUCAGAUGAUUGGUUUGUUUGAUCACCAUAGAAAAUUCGGUGAGCCCCUUCAACUUGAAGUGAAAUCGAACCUCACUUGGCAUAAUGCUUCGCUGGUGGCUUUUGACAACUAUUUGGCCAUAUUUUCUGUAAAGUCCGGUAUUCUAAAUACAUCUAGUAAAGACGAAUACACUUAUUUUAAGCAGCCAAUACCAAUUCAAUAUUUGCAAUUUGAUACAUUCAUUGAAAAUGAAUACAAGAUAAUAAUGAUUAAAGAUAUAGGCAAUAAGUCCACACACCAAUUUAGACGAAUCAACGACGUAACAAUAGCUAUACUUGAUAGAUUCUUGAAAGACAUAAUUGUUUUGCAGAAUGAAUUUUGGGAAGGUUCGAUUAACUCUCACGUACAAUUUAAAGUGUUCAAUUCUUACAACUUUUUGAGUAAACCAAAGAAUUACUAUCCGUAUGUCUUGGAAGUACCAUCUAAGUGUAAUAUACUAGAAAACAUGGUUGAAUUUGGGCAGGAUUUGGAUAUUGACGAGGAUUGUUUGGUAGCUUUUACGGAUGUAUUGAGUUGUGAUUAUUUUACCUCUAAGAGUUGCCAACCCUAUGAAAAAUUUGUUGUGCUUGGAACCAAAGAUGGAAUAUACAUGGGCAAACUCAAUAAGUCAAAGAGUUUCAAGAAAGUUCACAAGAUUACCAAUAUUAAAAAAUUGGUCGUGCUGAACAAUGAGGUUAUAUUCUGUAUUGGAAAUGAAUCCCUAUACCAUCUGUCCAUUUCAAAAUUAUAUGAAGCAUAUCAGAAAUCAAAAACAUGGGAUAUCAACAUCUUCGAAGAGAACAAGAGACAUGUGACUGAUUUCACUAUUGGUUAUCAAAGUUCCGUGCAAAUAUCAGGGUGCCCAUAUCUUUUUGUUUGGAAUAAAAAUAAUGUCUCGUUCACAGAACUGAGACGUGAAAACGACUGGAAAUUUAAUUGGCAAGGCUUCAAAACUCAUUAUAAUGUCGGUCGACUUCAGACCGUCUAUGCAAAUAACUUUGCGUUAUCGCAUACUAUCGACAAUUAUGCAAUAUGGAACCUUUCCAAACUAUCAGACAUCAGAUCCAUCGGUUUGAACAGAUUCGAUAUUAAAGACAUCACAAAACAUGAGGUACCCAUUGCAAUCUUUCCAUUUCCUAAUGAAAUGGAAGGCAUAUCGGAAAUACUUGUGGUUUUUAGCAAAUUCUGUACUAGGAUGAAGAACGUCAAGGGGAAAUACGUACAAUCUAAUGAUGAAAUCAUUUGGUUUGGAAUGAGAUGUGAAUCAGCGUCUUUUGAUUGCCAAGAAAAAGUUUUAAUCACUGUUAAUGAGCAGUGUAUUGAAGUUAGAAGUUUGUACGAUGACAAGAAUAUGAAAAGUAAAUUGAUUGGUUGUUUGGUUGGACCCAACAUCAAACUCCUGAAUGAAAUGCCAGGUAAGCCUAUCUUUAGAUUUAACGUAGCAUCCGCCAAUGGUGAGGAAUAUCAAAGACAGGUUAUUUUCAAAAUUCGAAAAGUAUUAAAUAAGUGA